CCCGCCGCGCACGCAGCCGGCCCCGGCUCCUGGCGCCCCGCUCCCCGCGCCCCGCCGCCGCCGAGCGAAGCGGGCUGGGCUUGGAGCUGCUUAUGGAGAAAGUGCCGGGCGAGAUGGAGAUUGAGCGCAGGGAGCGGAACGAGGAGCUGUCCGAGGCGGAGAGGAAGGCGGUGCAGGCUACGUGGGCCCGGGUCUAUGCCAACUGCGAGGACGUGGGGGUGGCCAUCCUGGUCAGGUUCUUUGUGAACUUCCCUUCAGCCAAGCAGUACUUCAGCCAGUUCAAGCACAUGGAGGAGCCCCUGGAAAUGGAGCGAAGCCCCCAGCUGCGGAAGCAUGCCUGCCGGGUCAUGGGGGCCCUCAACACUGUCGUGGAGAACCUGCAUGACCCCGACAAGGUGUCGUCGGUGCUUGCCCUCGUGGGCAAAGCCCACGCCCUCAAGCACAAGGUGGAGCCCGUGUACUUCAAGAUCCUUUCUGGGGUCAUUCUGGAAGUGAUCGCCGAGGAAUUUGCCAAUGACUUCCCACCUGAGACGCAGAGAGCCUGGGCCAAAGUGCGAGGCCUCAUCUACAGCCAUGUGACUGCUGCCUACAAGGAAGUGGGCUGGGUACAGCAGGUCCCCAACGCCACCACGUGAGGAGGCGGCCCUCCAGCCACGCUGCCCUCUUCGGGGCCAUAGGACCCUCCCCCCCCCCACCCGCUCCCUGGCAGCACUUUGAGCAGAAGGCCAAGUUCUGAAGACCGUCCUUGACCCUCCAUAUCUGGGUGCCAAGGAAGCUGGAGGAACCCUGACUCAUCCUGGAAGGAAGCCUCCACCGUGGCCGCAGUCCCCCUGGAGCUGCUGGGAGGUGGCGCUGGCUGCCUGGAUGCUGACCCCAGCAUGGCGGGCAGACAGGGGACCCUUCCUCCUUGCAGAGCCGGGCCCACUCUUGUUAGCUUUUCUACUCACUGUUAGAGAGAGACCCAGCUGAGCAUCUGGCGGGAAGCAGGGACAGGUGUAUGAAUCGCUCUGGAAAUAAGCCUGCCCCGUUUCUAUCUGCCCGACCAGCAUGCAGGUCUCCACUUCACCAUCUAGACUGUCACGCACACACAUCUACCGUAUAUACAGAUAUAUUCUAUAUACAACCUCUAUAUAAAUAUAUAUAUAUACACACACACAUACAUAUCUAUAACGUGUAUCUGAGGGGUCCAGAAACCUCGGUUCUGCCCACCUGCGUGGGGAGCAGUGAGGGUCCUGGUCAUUUCAUGAUUCCGGGCAGAGAACAGAGUGUUCAGGCAGAGGUGGAGUCACACUGCAGCACAGAGGAUCUGGGCCUGGAUGGGCAGAGUUGGGGUGACCCAGCCUGCCGGCAAAGUCCAACCCAUUCUCUCUAGUCAGCUCCCCACAUUCCUGCUUUCCACUUCUAGACAAAAAGGAUCUGGCUUCCCCCACCCCCUCCAAGGAUUUGGCUCACUGACUUGCUCACUGAAGGGCAGGGCAGAGGGGCCCAGAAGUUCCCCACGGUUGACUGCACUGGGGGAGGGGCCUUAGAAAAGAAACCUCAGAUGCCAGCCCCACCUGCCUUUGCCACUGAGACAGCCCUGGGGGGACCCAGGCUGCUCUUACUGAUGCCUUUGUCCCACCCCUCAGCUCUGAGGGCCGAGGGCCUUCCCCUCCCCGCCCCUCCUCCUGGCUGGCAGUCGGCCCUGUCCAUCCAUCUGUGUCAGCCUUGCUGGGGACCCCCAUGUGUGACCCUUGGUCACGUGUAUUGUCCUCAAGGAUGUUUUGCUGCUGUGGCUACUGUGCCUGUGUCCCCUCCUGUCCCAUCCUCGUGCAAUCACCAUGUAACAGCCUGUCCUCCUUUUGUAGUUUCUGAUGUUUGUAACCAAACCCAGCUGUGUCAUUAAACAGACCCAUUCUUGCUGUA